UCUUCACACUGCCAAAAAUGGCUUCCUCAUCAACGAGAAAGUACGAGACAAGAAAGCGAGAUCCAAAUCCCAAAACCACAGCUCUUCUCGUUAUCGAUAUGCAGAAUCACUUCUCCUCCAUGGCCAAACCUAUCCUCAACAACGUUCUCACCACCAUCGACAUCUGCCGACGCGCCUCAAUCCCCAUAUUCUUCACGCGCCACAACCACAAAUCCCCUACCGACCACGGCAUGCUCGGCGAGUGGUGUAACGGCGAUCUAAUCUUCGACGGAACCACCGAUUCCGAAAUCAUCCCGGAGAUACACCGCCAAGUUACUGCACCAGACGAGAUGGUGGAGAAGAGCACGUACAGUGCGUUUAACAACACCCGCCUCCAGGAAAAGCUGAACAAGAUCGGAGUGAAGGAGGUGAUAGUGAUCGGAGUGAUGACGAACCUGUGCUGUGAGACGACGGCGCGUGAAGCGUUUAUUAAGGGUUUUAGGGUUUUUUUCUCGACGGACGCUACUGCGACGGUUAAUGAGGAGCUUCACGAGGCUACGCUAAUGAAUCUGGCUUAUGGCUUCGCUUAUCUCGUGGAUUGCGAUAGUCUCCGGCGAAGUCUACUCAACGAAGAAGAUUAUUCGUCGCCGGUGCAAUCAUUUCUGCGGCCACCGCCGUCGGCGAAUUUCGAAAAAGAUCGACACUUGAUGUAUUUGGAGAUGAUGUACGAGUUGCUUCCGUACCAUUACCAAUCUCAGGAGAUCAAUCGUCUUACCAUCACUCACUUCAUUAUCUCGGGUCUUCACUUUCUCGGCGCAAUAGAUCGUGUUGACAAAGAUGUUGUUGCAAAGUGUGUUUUGUCCUUCCAGGCCCUUCCUAGUAACAGAGAGAAUUCUAUGGUUUCUUUGGUUCAAGGAGUUCUCAUUUUCCCAUUGAUGAGAAUAGGCUUCAUGCCUAUACAUAUUGGAGACAUUCUUGUGAAAUUAACAUUCUGUGUGGAGUCAUAUGAUGGUGGCUUUGGGUUGAUCUCUGGUUCUGAGUCUCAUGGGUGCUUCAGUGCUUACUAUGGAUCAGAAGCUGAAGGUUUUGGUUUGAUCAAUGAUUCGUCGUCUCUUGCAUUAUACUUUCUUGACAAGUUUCUGGUUGCAAUGGUUCCUGGUGAUGCUUUUGGAGAUGAUAGUUGUAUCCGAAUAUCUUAUGCCACAUCUCUCGACGUUCUACAAGCCGCAGUUGAGAAGAUCAGGAAAGCCCUUGAGCCACUUCGUGCCACUGUCUCCGUGUAACGGUUCGGACACAGAAAUGUGUUUUUGAAUGUUUAUGAUAUGUUGUAACUUAUAUAUCAGCUUUGUCUUCAUUCCAAUAAAAAGCUCUCACUUUAUAGUUUGUUCUUUCCUUCAAGUUCAUGUAACCAACCAACCAUAAACCAUUCUCUUCAUUGUAAAUCAUUUAAUAGAAUUCAAGGUUACUU